AGCGCAAUGUGCUCCGAAGAGUCGGAAAAGUUGGAAUUGAUUCAAGUAAUUUCGUAUGAGGAAAUCGAUCACGCCCUCGCUACGCAUAUCAAACAUUCCAUCAACAAGAUACACGAGAUAUCCACGGUUCUUCAAGGCGCCGGGGAUUAUCACGUGCAAAUUGUUAAGGGAUACGCGAAGCAGCAGCAGGAGCUGCAAAAGAAGGAUCUUGAGAUUACGAAAUUGAAACAAAAAGUUGCGGAGCAUAUGUUGCAGAGGGGAGAAGGAGAUUGCAUGAUUCAAGAGCAAAUAAGAAAGAGGAUGCUGGAGAAAGAGAAGACGUUGGAAGCUGUAAUACAAGAGAGACGCGGAGAUUGA